CUUCUCCUGUCGCUGAAUUGACGUCAGUCACUGACGUUGAACGGUUUAUUAUGGUUUUGGGGCCUUGAACAUGCAUAGAUGUGGCCAUUGCCACCAAGCAAACGUUUAAAAGGCUCUUUUGAGAUGCCUCAUGUCGAAAAUAAUGGUAAUUCGCAAUAUGAGAGGGACUCAUCAGUUGAACCAUGUUUGAAAAGGUAUAAACCUGAAUAUUCUACGUCCUGGUCUUGGCAACAUGAGACCAUACACAAACAGACAAAGACUGAAACUCAAGAGCAUAACUGGAAUGUCUUCUCCAGUUCCUAUGAUUUCAAGUAUGAAUCUUUUGAAACAAAAAGGAGCGAUACACAAGGUGCUAAAUUUAACAAAGGAUUCAGAAAUGAUUCUGUUGUAUUUAACUCAACAGAACGUGUUGGUUCUACAACAGGGUUAUUUCAUGACCACUCAUCUAAUUCACCCAACAAUGCAAGAACUGUUUGCGAUAUGAAUCAUCAACCUCACGAAAAAGUUUUUGAAAAAGACUAUAGCAACCAUAAUAUGAUAAAAGUAUGCUCUAAUAGCAAUUUUUCAGAAACAAGCAAUGUCUUUAUUGGACCACUGCCUCCACCAGCUAAAAUGAAAGAAAAGGAAAUUAAGUGCCAUAACAAUAGAUCAACUAUACUUUCUGAUAAAAAUGUUUCAGAUACCAGCAGAGACUUUAUUGGGCCACAUUUGCCAACAAAUCUUAAAGUGAAAAAUACAACUGAAAAUGUUCAAAAUGAUGAUAGAGGCUCUAACCUAAAUAAGCCUCAUUGCUAUAAAAUAAGGACUGUAGAGGUAGGUAAAAUAGGUCGGCCAAGUGGUAGGAAUGCAAUGGACUAUGAGUUGCGCCAAUUUUAUAAAGAACUUCAGGAACUCUCAAAUGAAACAGAUGACCAAGUUGACAACAUGGGAGUCACACACAAACUUGAAGUUAUUCAUCAGCCUUCCUUCUCAGCUAGAAAAUCUAACCCAGAACCAAUAUCGCAAGUAGGAAUUACUGGCCCUUAUAAUGAGAAACCUAUCCCCGAUGAACACAAUGGUUGUAAUCUAAAUAAUUUAUCAAAUAGGUAUUCGUGUGUAAACAGUUCAGUACCGCCUUCAAGAUUUCAGUGUCCACCACCACCACCCCCUCAGACAUUUACUGACUCAUAUGUCCCUCCUGCCCCAAGAUACAGUUAUCCACCACCCUUUCCAAGACAAGAAACCUUGCCUUACAGAUCACUUCCCCCAAAUGAACAAAUCUCUGGCAGAUUUGAUGAAUGCCAUAGGCAUAAUGGACAUCAUCAGUGGAACAGUUCCCAUGUGUCUGAGAAUAACCAGUACAAUGACCAGUUGCCUAGACACAAAAUGUCACCCCCAGCCCCAUAUGACCUUUGUAGAAAUAGGCACCAAGAACAAAUGGAUGGUCGAGGUGAUGGACAUAAAGGUCCAGUUUUUAAUGCCUCCUUUACAGCCCCAAAUGUUGGUAUUUUGCAUAAACAGUAUUUACAUAAAGCUAGGGAAAACAGUCUUCAAAGGAAGCUUGUUCUUUUAAGAGGUGUUCCUGGCUCAGGAAAGACUACAUUAGCACGCGUUCUUCUCAAUGUGUCUCCAAAUGGUAUUGUGUAUAGCACUGAUGAUUAUUUUUGCCAGAGAGAGGGCUAUACCUAUGAUGUAAAACUGCUUGGAGAUGCUCACCUUUGGAAUCAAGAUAGAGCCAGAAAAGCUAUGGAUGAAGGGAGAUCUCCUGUUAUAAUAGACAACACUAAUACGCAAAGUUGGGAAAUGAAACCGUACGUGCAAAUGGCAGUAGAACGAGGUUACCUCGUAGAAUUCCUGGAGCCAGACACAUGGUGGAAGCUUAAUCCUCUGGAGUUAGAAAAGAGGAACAAGCAUGGAGUACCACGGGAUAAAAUUUCCCAGAUGUUGGAUCGUUACGAGUACGAUAUGACUGUUCCAUCUGUUAUGAACUCAGUGGAUCCUCCUCACAAAAGUGCGAAAAGACCCCCUGCACAAGCCAGGCAGAGGUGGGAAGCCUCUGUAAACGCCAGCAGUGUUUUCCAUAAUCGCUGACAGUUCUUUUCUUUAGUUGCACAAGCAUUUACAUAAUGAGCCUCCAGUGUAAUAAUUUCUAAUAUGGCAAUACCUCACAAACUUGACAGAUAAUGGAUAUUCUACUAUCCGUGCACACAAUCAUUUUGAAAGGUUAAGAACAUUUUUUUUACUUCGCAGUGUUAUGCUGCCAUAUCUUUAUUUUGUGUACCAUAUAAGCCCAAGACAGAUUUUCACUGUAAUAUAGAUGUACAUUUUUCGAGGCGUUCUCAGGGAAAAUUCCCCAAAUCUAGUAAACCUAUUUAAUGUUAUUUUGCUAAUGUGAUGUGAGUUUUUAAUUUUGUGUUUUUAGAGCUACGUUACUGAUUGAAACUAGUGUAAUGAAAUGGGUCCAAUGAACGUAAUAGUAUUUUGGGGGUUCCUCUAGGUUCUACCAGCACCCGUCUAUUUUGUAUUUAGACAUGUAAGUGCCUUGAGCUUACAGCAUAGUCUCUGGCACCAGAUAUCCAGGGGAUAAUGAGGACAUCAUGUUUGUUGUUUAGCUGUACCCGAAUUUAAUGCUUUUGUAGCAAAAUCACAUUACACACUUAUGAAAUAUUCACAUUUUUCUUUGCUUUAUAUGUAUUUAUAGUAUUGUAAAAGUAGGUAAAUACCAUACUGAAUAUACAGAAACCUAUUGAAUAUUUUAAUUUAUAUCAACUAAGAAAGCUAUAGAAGGAAAUAAAAUAGACCUCUUUUUACACCACAUUGCUACAGCACUUGUUCUCCCUUUCUCUUCAUGACACAAAAAAGAAAUGUCUAUUGCAGGAGGGCCUGCAGCAAUCUGUGAUUUUGUAAUCAUUUUACUUUCUACAUUUAAUUAUCUAAACAUACAUAGCCUCCCACGGAUGAGAUAUAAUUGGUUAACCCCUGAUUUAUUUUAUGUGUUUCAGUUGAUGGUCCAUAUUAGUCUAUCAUUUUAAGUAAAAGUAUCUAGUGAGGAAACUUGAAUUAUUGAAAGAAUUUAUAUAUUUUCUUUCAGGAAAGCUAAAGCCCAUAAUGUACCAACACUUGACUACAUAAUUUGUGUCGGUCAAAAUCAUACACAACCAUAAGAUGUUUCAAACCGCAAUUCUAUUUAAUUACAGAGCAACCAUUAAACAAAUAUUUGUUUUUUAUAUUAAAAAAACAUUAGUCUGUUAAUUGACUUUCCUUUUUGAGUGUGUGUUUUCUAUAGUGUCUUGUUUAACUUAUUUAAAGGAAAAUAAAAUCCUUUUUUUUUUUUUUUUUUUUUCUUUCAUAAUUCAGAUAGAGAAUAUAAUUUUAAACAACUUUGCGAUAUACUUCUACUAUCAGAUUUGCUUUGUUCACUUGGCAUUCAUUGCUGAAGAAGCAAGUCUUGCACUACUGGGAGCUAGCUUAAUACAUCAGGUGAGCCAGUGACAAGAGGCAUAUAUGUGCAGCCACCAAUGAUCAGCUAGCUCCCAGUAGUGCAUUGCUACGCUUGAAGCUACUUAUGUGUGCUUUUUAGCAAAGAACACAAAGGGAACAAAGUAAAUUAGAUAAUAAAAGUAACUUAGAAAGUUGUUUAAAAUUCCAUGCUCUGUCUGAAUCAUAAAUGUUUAAUUUUGGCUUUACUGUCCCUUUAAGCAAUAACCAGAAGAAAGAUUAUUUUGGAAUGGAUGAUGCUGUUGUGAUUUGAAAGAGAAGCUUUAAUUGCAUUGCAUUUUAUUUUCUAUUUGUUUUCUUUUUAGAAAACUUUUAUUCUUUUCUUAAACUUUUAUUAAAAUCUAUGGUAAACUUUGUGGUAAUAGUUAUGCAUUUGGAAGUGAAAAUAUUGGAGCGAUGCAGUUGAGAAAAUUUAUUUAAAUGGUCUUAAAAUAUUGUUUUUGUAUAUUUUAGCAACAUGCAAAAUAAAUCAGUGCUCUAUAUGUGAUGUAAAGUUUGAACAAA